ACUUUCUCUCUCUCUCUCUAAAAAAAAAAAAAAAAAAAAAAAAAACACCUUCUCAUCUCACUUUCUCUCUCUACUGUAUAUCCAUGGAGGAUUCUCCAUUAACCUCCCAAAUAGUACCUCUGCCCACAGCCCCAUCCAAACAGAGAAAAACCCACUCCAAAAACACCCUUCGGAGAUCCGAUUCGCAUCGGAAAAGCAGAAGGAAUAAGCAGAGGGAGGCAAUGAAGGUGAAGAAGCAUAAUGGCAAUGGUGAUGAUGAAAAAGAACAAGAAGAGGAUGAGAAAGAAGAGGUGGAGAGGAAGAUUGAGGCAUUGCAGAGGAUUGUUCCGGGAGGCGAAUCGCUUGGUGUCGAUAAGCUGUUUGAAGAAACUGCUGGGUAUAUAAUCGCUUUGCAGUGCCAGUUGAAAGCCAUGAGAGCUCUUACUUGUCUCUUUGAAGGUUUUGAGAAGGAGAAGAGGAAGUUCGGAGGUUGAAUUUUCAAAUUUUUUUUUCUUUUUUCAAUCAUUAUUGUCUUUUAUUUUUUUUUUUCUUUUCACUUUUGUUUGGGGAAGCAAGAUUAAUUUCAAUUUCCCAAUCUUUAUUUUAUUUUUUUGGGUUUUUUUUUCCUUGUUAAUUUGUUAUAAUGUUUAUUUUGAUUAAUCUUUAAUGAAUAGGGGGGGUUGGUUUAGUA